GAGAUGCACACUCAUGGCUGCACAAGGGCAUGGGCAGGCGGAUGGGCAUGGGGAUGGGCAAGGGGAUGGGGAUGGGGAUGGGGAUGGGGAUGGGGAUGGGGAUGGGGAUGGGGAUGGGGAUGGGCAUGGGGAUGGGCAUGGGGAUGGGGAUGGGGAUGGGGAUGGGGAUGGGGAUGGGGAUGGGGAUGGGCAUGGGGAUGGGGAUGGGGAUGGGGAUGGGGAUGGGGAUGGGGAUGGGGAUGGGGAUGGGGAUGGGGAUGGGCAUGGGGAUGGGGAUGGGGAUGGGGAUGGGGAUGGGGAUGGGGAUGGGGAUGGGGAUGGGGAUGGGGAUGGGCAUGGGCAUGGGGAUGGGGAUGGGGAUGGGCAUGGGCAUGGGGAUGGGGAUGGGCAUGGGGAUGGGCAUGGGGAUGGGCAUGGGGAUGGGGAUGGGGAUGGGGAUGGGGAUGGGGAUGGGGAUGGGGAUGGGGAUGGGGAUGGGGAUGGGGAUGGGGAUGGGGAUGGGGAUGGGGAUGGGAUGGGGAUGGGGAUGGGCAUGGGGAUGGGGAUGGACAUGGGGAUGGGGAUGGGGAUGGGCAUGGGGAUGGGGAUGGGCAUGGGUAUGGGGAUGGGGAUGGGCAUGGGGAUGGGCAUGGGGAUGGGGAUGGGCAUGGGGAUGGGGAUGGGCAUGGGGAUGGGGAUGGGGAUGGGCAUGGGGAUGGGGAUGGGCAUGGGGAUGGGGAUGGGCAUGGGGAUGGGGAUGGGCAUGGGGAUGGGGAUGGGGAUGGGCAUGGGGAUGGGGAUGGGCAUGGGGAUGGGGAUGGGCAUGGGGAUGGGGAUGGACAUGGGGAUGGGGAUGGGGAUGGGGAUGGGGAUGGGGAUGGGGAUGGGGAUGGGGAUGGGGAUGGGGAUGGGCAUGGGCAUGGGCAUGGGGAUGGGGAUGGGCAUGGGCAUGGGGAUGGGGAUGGGCAUGGGCAUGGGGAUGGGGAUGGGGAUGGGCAUGGGGAUGGGGAUGGGGAUGGGCAUGGGGAUGGGGAUGGGAAUGGGGAUGGGGAUGGGCAUGGGGAUGGGGAUGGGGAUGGGCAUGAGGAUGGGGAUGGGGAUGGGCAUGGGCAUGGGGAUGGGGAUGGGCAUGGGGAUGGGGAUGGGGAUGGGCAUGGGCAUGGGGAUGGGGAUGGGCAUGGGGAUGGGGUUGGGCAUGGGGAUGGGGAUGGACAUGGGGAUGGGGAUGGGGAUGGGGAUGGGGAUGGGGAUGGGGAUGGGGAUGGGGAUGGGCAUGGGCAUGGGGAUGGGGAUGGGCAUGGGGAUGGGGAUGGGCAUGGGGAUGGGGAUGGGGAUGGGCAUGGGGAUGGGGAUGGGGAUGGGGAUGGGGAUGGGCAUAGGACAAAGCCAUCGAAGAAAACGAGAGACGAGGAGGCAAAGCACAGGGGAGAAGAGGGAGCAGCGGUAGCGCACAGCCCGAAUGCUCUGAUAAGAGG